UUCUACUACUGGAACUCUCCCCCCUCUCUCUCGCUCUUCGUUUGUCUUGAUCUUCUGUUCCUGUAAGCGUCCACGGGAUCUGAGCUCUUAUUUUCUUCAGCGGCCCUGUAGCAAGGGUUGAUUCAUUUGAAAUCUUUCAGUUGAUCUUCUAUCGUGGAACCGAUCAACCGAGGGUUGUACAAAUUCAUUUCUUUAUCAAAUAGCCGGUGGAAACCAUGGUUGUGGAAGUCUUGGCAGCCGAUUUCACACAGGUUCCUGUUAAGGAUGGAAGCGACGAGAAAGGCAGUGCAAAACUAAAUCAGGGUUCAGGGCUCGAUGAACCGAUCAAGUUUGGUUCACAUGGAAAUGAUGGUGCCAUCAAGGCAGAGAUGGAGACCAUUUCAGAUGUCCCGAAGGAUGCUGUUGAUGAAUGGCCUGCACCCAAACAAAUUCAUACUUUUUAUUUCGUCAAGUUUCGGUCGUAUGAAGACCCAAAGCUGAGAGCCAAAAUCGAACUGGCUGACAAGGAGCUUCAGAAAAGGACUCAAUCCCGAAUUCAGAUCAACGACUCCAUAAGAGCAAAGAGGGCAGAACGAGCACAGGUUAUUGCACAAUUGAAACCUUUAACUGCUGAGGACAAGCGAUAUAGGUCCAUUGUGGAUGAGAAGAGGAAGGAAAUGGAACCUCUGCAACAGGCUCUUGGAAAGUUGCGUAGUGCAAACAAUGCAAACCGAGAGAGGGGUGUUGGUUUGUGUUCAUCUGAAGCAGAGCUUAAUGAUCUUAUCCAGAGCUUGCAUUAUCGAAUGCAACAUGAAAGUAUAUCAUUGGUUGAGGAGAAGCAACUCCUUAGAGAAAUCAAGCAGCUUGAGGGGACAAGGGAAAAAGUUAUCGCUAAUGCUGCUAUGAAGGCAAAGAUUGAGGAUUCUUUGGGUCAGAAAGAGGCUAUUCAAGAUCAAGUCAAACUUAUUGGAGUUGAUUUGGAUGGAGUACGAAAGGAGCAACAGGAAAUUAGGGCAAAAAUCAAGCAUUUUGAGGAAGAACUGAAGGCUAUUGACAACGAAAUUAGUUCAUUACAGGGGGAACUGACAGUUGUGAACCAGAAAAGGGAUAAGGCAUAUGAAAGCCUUGUUGAAUUGAGAAAACAGCGUGAUGAAGGGAAUGCUCACUACUUCCAGAAUCGUUCGACCUUAAACAAUGCCCGGGACCUUGCUGCAAAGAAGGAUGUGGCAGCCCUAGAAGAAUUAUCUCACAUUGAGGUUGAGAAAUUCAUAUCCAUUUGGAGCAGGAAUAAGUCUUUUAGAGAUGAUUAUGAGAAAAGAAUCUUGCCAUCACUUGAUAUCCGGCAGUUGAGUAGGGAUGGGAGAAUGAGGAACCCUGAUGAGAAGCCACUAGUUUUAGAGGCACCAGCAGCUAGUGAGCCAGAGGCAGUGGCAAAGAUAAACAUAAAACAACCGAAGGAAGAGCCUAAACCCAUUCCCCAACAUGACACGAUCCCCAUCAAGAAGGUACAGAAAGAACAUAACAGUAAAUUGACAGAGUUAGUAUCCACCACAAAAGCUGGUGAUCCAGAUGAGGAGAGCGUCUCAUUGUCUGAAAAAACAGUAAAGGAGCCAUCUACCACCAAUGAGAUUGAUGCAGAAAAGUUGAAAGAGAUGAAAAGAGAAGAGGAAAUUGCGAAAGCGAAGCAAGCUUUUGAGAGGAAGAAGAAGUUGGCAGAGAAAGCAGCAGCGAAGGCGGCUGUAAGGGCUCAAAAGGAAGCUGAAAAGAAGCUCAAGGAGCGUGAAAAGAGAGCAAAGAAAAAGGCUGCAGCAUCAGCAACUCCUGCCGGUUCUGAGGAGCAAGCUGAGGCAAAUGGAGAGGUUGCCGAACCAGAGGCGGCGGAAGAAAACAUUGAAUCUCCAGUUCCGUCCAAAAUUAAAGAGCAGAAGGAGAACCCUGUGAAUGUUAGGUACAGAAAUCGAGCAAAAGGUCAAGAUCCAGUUCCAAAGGCAAAAAUGACGUUUAGACGCAAAAAGUCAACUCCAUACUGGGUAUGGGCUGCUCCUGCAGCUUUGCUAGUGGUGGUGCUUGUAGCAGUUGGCUACUACUAUUUUCUGUGAGAAACUAACGAAGAAUUAGCUUUAGACCAAUUUUCCAGCUGACGAGCUUGCAGCUGGUUUGGCCUUGUAGUAGGGAAAUUCUUGUUCUUUGCAUCCUUGAGAGGGGGGAUGGCUCUAAGCUCAUAAUGUUAUUGGUUGCUAAUGUGUGGUGCUGAGGUAAUUUUAGGAAGCAGCCAAAGCUUUUUUUGUUUUUUCUUUUCUUUUUUGGUUUGAGUGGUAUACUAUAAAAUUGUGACAAUUACCAGAACAUUUUACAUUUUAAUUAGAAGACAUAGCUGGAUGCUUGGACCUUGCUCAAAUUUGUUUUGGAUGCUAUCA